AUGGAAGGCAAUGCACAUCUAAAAGCCCUCGAGCAUAUUGAGCAUGCACAGCAGGUUUACUGCUCUGGGAAAGAGAUGCCAUUAUGUCUGCGUACAAAAGCUGGAAUAUGUCAUAUUCACCUUGGAAACUUUGUAAAAGCAGAAGCUCUUUUCAAUGUUUUGAGACAUGAGAAUUUACAUGAUCAUCCCCAGUUGAUUAUUGAGAUUGGAGAUUCACUAAUGAAUCACGAGCAUUACGAAUCUGCACUAGAAUACUAUAUGAUGUUGGUAGGAGAUGAUGUUAAGAACAAUGGUUGCCUGUAUCUGAAAAUUGCUGAGUGUUGCAGUUGUCUGGGGAAACGAUUGCAAUCAAUUGAUUACUUCUACAGAGCUUUAGACAAACUUGAGAAUACUGUUGAUGCUCGGUUGGCUUUGUCAUCACUUCUUCUUGAAGAAAAUAAAGAUGAUGAAGCCAUUUCUAUUCUCUGUCCUCCUAAAGAAUCAGAAUCGCUAUUUAACUUGAACCUAAAUGCAGCAAAACCAUGGUGGCUUAAUGGGAAGAUAAAGUUGAGGCUUUCUCAAAUCUAUAAAGCUAAAGGAUUGUUGGAGGCAUUUGUAGAUGUAAUUUUUCCUGUAGUUCGAGAGACAUUGUUUCUUGAGACUAUACAACAAAAGGUCAGGCCAAGGAAGAGGCUAUCAAAAAGUGUUCUUUCUGAACGGAUAAAAAUACUUGAUCAUGUUAGGACUGAUACUGUGUUCCAUGGAUUUAGACCUGUAGCUUCAACAUCAGAUCUGUCUAGAGCGUCCAGAGCAAAAAAGUUACUAAAAAAGAAGGAAGCAAAAAGAGCUGCUGCUUUGGCCGCUGGAAUAGAGUGGAUAAGUGAUGAUUCAGAGGAUGAAUCUCCUCAACAAGCACCAAGAGAGCUUCCUCUUCCAAACCUUCUAAGAGAUGCGGAACAUCAUUAUCUCAUUAUAGAAUUAUGCAAAUCACUGUUAUCCUUGAAAAAGUAUUGGGAAGCAUUGGAAAUCAUCAAUUUAACUCUGAAAUUGGCCUCCAAUGUUUUGUCUGUUGAAAGGAAUGAAGAGCUUAGAACUCUGGGAGCCCAAAUAGCAUACAAUAUUGCUGAUCCUGCUCACGGCUUUGACUAUGCACGCUAUAUUGUUAAUCAACGUCCUUAUAGCUUUUCUGCAUGGAACUGCUAUUACAAAGUAAUCUCAAAACUGGACAGUCGAUAUUCAAAGCAUAACAAGUUUUUGCACACCAUGCGAACCAAGCACAAAAGUUGUGUACCACUCACUCUCAUUUUUGGGCACCAGUUUACCAUGAUCAGCCAGCAUCAAGCAGCUGUUCGGGAAUAUUUGGAAGCUUACAAGCUGAUGCCAGAUAUUCCCUUGAUCAAUCUCUGUGCUGGAACUGCAUUGAUAAACUUGGCCCUGGGUCACAGACUUCAAAACAAACAUCAGCCUGUGGUACAAGGAUUGGCAUUUCUUUUCAAUAAUUUACAGCUUUGCAGAUAUGGUCAGGAAGCACUGUAUAAUAUAGCUCGUGCAUAUCAUCAUGUCGGUCUUGUUUCUCUUGCUGCUGUAAACUAUGAAAAGGUUCUUACAAUGCAUGAAAGUGAUUGCCCCAUGCCGAACCUUCCAAAUGAGAAACCAGAUGGUCUGGCUUCUCCAAAGCCAGGUUACUGUGAUCUUCGUCGGGAAGCAGCUUACAAUUUGCACCUGAUCUACAAGAAAAGUGGAGCAAUUGAUCUUGCCAGGCAAAUCUUGAAAGAUCAUUGUGUCAUAUGA